AUGUUUCGCAAUCAGUACGACACGGAUGUCACCACGUGGAGCCCCGUCGGCCGCCUGCACCAGGUGAUCCGUCCCUCUCUCCGCCUCUCGCCCCGCCGAUCCGCCUCUCUGCUGCUAUCACGUUUCACCGCUCUGCGAGACUGCCAGCCUGUUAGACUGCUAAGCCUCCAGGGCAGGAACUCCUCUCGCGAAUCGCCUCGGCUGCCCGUUCCCGUCCCGUCGAGCCCCCGCAGCGACCACCCCGCGUGCUGCCCUCCCGCUGUUGUUUCCCCACCGCGCGUGCUGCCCUCCCGCUGUUGUUUCCCCACCGCGCGUGCUGCCCUCCCGCUGUUGUUUCCCCACUGCGCGUGCUGCCCUCCCGCUGUUGUUUCCCCACCGCGCGUGCUGCCCUCCCGCUGUUGUUUCCCCACUGCGCGUGCUGCCCUCCCGCUGUUGUUUCCCCACCGCGCGUGCUGCCCUCCCUCUGUUGUUUCCCCACCGCGCGUGCUGCCCUCCCGCUGUUGUUUCUCCACUGCGCGUGCUGCCCUCCCUCUGUUCUUUCCCCACCGCGCGUGCUGCCCUCCCGCUGUUGUUUCCCCACCACGCGUGCUGCCCUCCCGCUGUUGUUUCCCCACCAUGCGUGCUGCCCUCCCGCUGUUGUUUCCCUGCCGCACCUCGCCUACCCUACCCCAUCGCUUCCUCCCUUUUGCGUCCUUCGCGGUUACCCCCGCGCGCGCGAUUGUCUCCUCCUUUCCCCUUGUCAACCUUCUCGCUUCUUCCUCCCUCUUCCCUCGCCCAACCCCCACCUCAUCCCAUUCCAACCCGUCCCCUAGCGUCUCACCCCUUUCGCACUCAGGCGGAUACGCCACAGAGGCCAUUCUCUCACUGCUCCCUCACACGCCCCUCUCCCCCCAACACCCUGCCCUCCCGCCUGUCCCCCCCCACGGCCUCGCUCCUGCGCAUGUGAGAGGGGAUACGCCAUGCACGCCAUGCACUGGUCUCCAAGCCGCCCUUCCUCCCUCUGCCCCAAGCGUCCCCCCAACCCCAAUCCAGCUGCCAUGCGAAGGUGGAUUAAGGCCAGGUCGUGUGCGCAGGGCAGUGUGCGCAGGGCAGUGUGCGCAGGGCAGUGUGCGCAGGGCAGUGUGCGCAGGGCAGAGUGCGCAGGGCCAACCACGCAGUGCUCGCCACUCUCUCCCACUCCACUCCUUCCCUUGCCGUGCCUCCCUGCUCGCCCGUGCCAUGCUCUUCUCUCCCCCACGCUCCCCGCACAUGGCACCAGAUGGAACAUGCGAUGGAGGCAGGGAAGCAGGGCAGUGCGGCACAGGCAAGACACGUGUGCCUCGCGGCCAUCCUUCCUCGUGCCCUCUCCCCCCCUCUGUCUGCCCCUCUCCUCCCCACCAGGUGGAGUAUGCAAUGGGGGCAGUGAAUCAGGGCAGUGGGGCAGUGGGCCUGCGCAGCGAUGCAUGCCAGCAUCACUCCCUAACCUCCCUUCUCCGUUCCUUGGCGCCCAACACUCCCCUGCCCUCUCCCUCAUCCCACCAGGUGGAGUAUGCAAUGGAGGCAGUGAAGCAGGGCAGUGCGGCGGUGGGUCUGCGCAGCACCACGCACGCGGUGCUGGCCACGCUCAAGAGAGCAGCGUCCCCCCUGGCGUCGUACCAGCGCAAGAUAUUCCGCGUGGACGACCACAUGGGCAUCGCCAUCGCGGGGCUCAAUGCUGAUGGGCGUGUCCUUUGCCGCUUCAUGCGCUCCGAGUGUCUGUCUCACAAGUGA